CUGGCCGUGUCGCCGCCGCCGCCGCCGCCGCGGGGCGAUCUCUAAGCGGGGAUCUCCAAGCGCGGCUCCGCUCGGCCGAGGGCCAGGAGGGGAGGGUCCGGCCUUGCCCCACAGGCGUCCAUUGGCGGCUUCCCCCGGCCUCCGCGCCAUGCCUCCGGCCGAGUGAGCCUCCCCGGGCUCCGGAGCCCGCAGGUGCCCGCGGGCGCGCCAGGCCCGGUUGGGGAGGGGGCACUGCGCUCGCCAUGCUGCGGGGGUCCCGGGCCCUAGCUCCAGUCGCCGGGCCGCCCUCGAAGGGACUGCCGGCGAUGAGCCCUACAGAGCUGUGGCCGCCCGGUCUCAGCAGCCCCCAGCUCUGCCCGGCCACCAGCACCUACUACACCUCGCUGUACCCGCAGACUGUGCCUCCCACUGCGGCGCCCGGCACCUGCCUCGACGCCACCCCCCACGGACCGGAGGGUCAAGCUGUGCGAUGCGUGCCGGCUGGCCGGCUGCCGGCCAAAAGGAAGCUGGACCUGGAGGGGAUUGGGAGGCCAGCAGUCCCUGAAUUCCGGACCCCCAAGGGGAAGUGCAUUAGACUGGACGGCCUCCCCAGCCCCAGAACCCCCAAAUCCCCCGGAGAGAAGACUCGGUAUGACACGUCGCUGGGGCUCCUCACCAAGAAAUUCAUUUACCUCUUGAGCGAAUCCAAGGAUGGCGUCCUGGACCUGAACUGGGCGGCGGAAGUGCUGGCCGUGCAGAAGCGGCGCAUCUAUGACAUCACCAACGUGCUAGAGGGCAUUCAGCUCAUCCGCAAGAAGGCCAAGAACAACAUCCAGUGGGUAGGCAGGGGGAUGUUUGAAGACCCGACCCGACCCGGGAAGCAGCAGCAGCUGGGGCAGGAGCUGAAGGAGCUGAUGAGCACGGAGCAGGCCUUGGACCAGCUCAUCCAGACCUGCUCUCUGAACUUCAAGCACCUGACCGAGGACAAGGCCAACAAGAGACUGGCCUAUGUGACUUACCAGGACAUCCGUGCUGUCGGCAGCUUCAAGGAGCAGACAGUGAUCGCUGUCAAGGCCCCUCCACAGACAAGACUGGAGGUGCCCGACAGGAGUGAGGAGAACCUGCAGAUCUAUCUGAAGAGCACGCAGGGGCCCAUCGAAGUCUACCUGUGCCCAGAGGAGAUGCAGGAGCCUGACAGUCCCACCGAGGACCCCCUCCCCUCCACCUCCGCCCUCGGCCCCAUCCCGGACUCCACCCAGCCCAGCAGCAGUACUGACCCUGGGACGACACAACCCACGGCAUCCCCAGCACUGACUUCCCAGCCGGCCCUGCAGCCGCCGCCACCUCCGCCACCGCCACUUGUGCCCCUGGAGGCCACCGACAGCAUGCUGGAGCUGCCACACCCCCUCCUGCAGCAGACUGAGGACCAGUUCCUGUCCCCCACCCUGCCGUGCAGCUCCCCCCUGAUCAGCUUCUCCCCGCCCUUGGACCAGGAUGACUACCUGUGGGGCCUGGAUGGGGGUGAGGGUAUCAGCGACCUCUUUGACUCCUACGACCUCGGGGACCUGCUGAUUAACUGAGUGGCCCUGCCUGCCCCCGGCAGCCCGCCCCCGUCUCUACCUCCUCACAGACUGGCAGGCCCUCUGCCCGCACAGGGACGUGGGACCCAAGGUGCUGCCCUCAGGGUACAGGCUCUCCUUUCCUCCUUUCUUACCCCCCAGCCGGCUGAAGCUGUCUGUGGGGAGGAGAGGGCCUCCUAGAGGAUCCGGGUGAGGAGUGUCUCAGAGGUUGGGUCCUCUCCUUCCUAAGGGAAGCAGAGCCUGGAAGGCCAUCUGGCUUCUGACCUCUGACCUCUGACACAAAGAGCCACAGGUGAGGCGACCAGGUCCAGGGAAAGGGCCCUGCCCCCCUCCCCUUUUGAGGGGGAAUUAGGACCCUGAAUUUAUCAAGAAGCACUUACUGCCUUUGUAUUUAUUUCAGUUUGAUUUUGUUGGUUUGUCUUCCCUGAGUUUUUAGCAGGGAGAUCGCCCCAGUUUCUAGUCAGACUUCUCAAGACAGGCCCAGGGCUGCCCACUGGCCGAGGGCAGGCCAGGGCCCCAGGCCAGCUCCGCAGUCCCCACAGUGAUGGCUGGGUCUCUGGGGGACAUCCGAUCUGCUAGAACUACUUGCACUUCGGCCUCAUGAUUCUAGUGAGGGGUGGCCUGCAUCCCCGAGGCACCAGCUUGGGUUCCUGGUCUCCUCUGUCCCUGAGACGGUGGCAGGGCGUCCCCCAGGGGAGGUGGCAUCGAGGCUCCAGUUAUGGACACCUGCUUCCUGUGGAGCCCCCUACCUCUCCCUCCCCCUAGAACAUGAAAAACAGCCUUCCAGGGAGUCCGCACGAAGAGCCCCCCACCCCCGAAACACAGGCAGGAUUCUGGAAGCAGUUAUCCUGGCUGCCGGGGCACCUUUCCUCUGUUUUUGCCUCUCCCUUGGGACAGGCGCCCUCUUACAGUGAGGACCUGGGAAGCAGUUGCAGCUCCGCCCCCCCAUAGAGACAGGGGAAUUAAAACAAGAAAAUGCUAGAAAGCAUCCCCUCUGGUGGCUGCUGGUCCCCUUCCCUGGAAGGAUUUUUUGUUUAUCCAAGGGACCUCCUCUCCCGGCCAGCUGUCAGGUGGACGGACCAUGCCCCCCCCACCCCCGUGCCACCCUGCCCAGCCAAGGACAGAGGUGACCAGGACUUGGGGCGUCACAGGAAUGCUGAAGGGCUGACAGGAAGGGGUCUUCACUGCAGACAGACCUUGGCAGCUGAUGGAGCGAUGGGCGUACGUUAGCUCUUCAGGCUUCAGGUCCUGGGAAGGUCUCUUGCCCUCCUCUCCUCCGCCCGGAGCCUUGACCAUCCCAAGGUGUCUGUGAAGCCCAGCUGGGUGCAGGGGGGCGGGGGCAGUCAGCCUUCCUCCCCACCCAACCUGGAGUGGGGCUGCUCUGGGCUGAACCAAGGGCUGUGCCCUCAGGAGAGACGCAGCCAGGGACGGUGGUCUAAGAGGCCGGCCACCCACCCUCAGGGAGCUAGGUUUCCUCAGGGGCUCAGCUGGGCAGCACUUUGUUUUUCUUUUUUAAAGUUUGUAGCAUUAAGUUGGUUUUAAAUAUGAAGUUGGCCUCGUGGGAUUGCUCUUGAGCUGAUGGGAAGUUGGCAUCAGAAGUCUGGGAGGUAGACUUGUUUGGACAUGGGGUCUGAUACGAGCUACUGCCCACAUGGGGACAGUCAUGCCUUGUCAUUUUCUCAACUUCCCAGACCCCUAACUGCCCUCCAGUCAGGAGUGGUCAACAGGUUACAGGUGCCGGGUGCGGUGAACAGGGCUAAUUUUGUAUGUUCCCCCCCACUCCCCGAAUACUCCCAGGGGGCUCGUCAGAAGCCUGUUUCGAAGCCCAGUGUGUCCAGGGUCAAGGGCCUACUUUGGCCCUUGGGCAGGGGAAGGAGCAUUGUGUGGACUCCGGUGGGAGGCGUGUAGGGCCAGCAGGGGCAUUGCUGUUCUGAGAUUCUGGGCUGCCAUUUAGCCAUGUCCCAUCUCUGAAGACAGAGACGUUUGACUUCCAUGCCUUUGACUCUGUCUAGAGUGUUCUAGAAUUAAAGUAGACAAAAGGGAGGAGAGGCCUGCAGGACCCACUGGGAAUGAGUUUAAUGGCAAAGUCUGGCUAGAAUUCCAGCUCCUUCCACAAAUGCCCAGCCAUAGUGCUGGACAGAUGGCUGUCCCUUGGUCCCAUGGCCUGCAGCCUGAGCAGCUGGCCCUGUCCUGUGCUAUCCCCUCUACACCCUGCCUGGCCCCCGGGGCUGGACCGCUAAGGCCAAGCCUCAGGCUGGGGGCAGGAGUUUGGGAGGGACACAAGCCCAUGCCUGUUUCUUGCCAGUGACACUUGAAACCUCUCGAGUUCCAUCAGGUGCUUUAAGAAUGCAUUUUGGCUGGUAUUUCCUUUUGUGGCCACAUAAACUUUAGACCCAGCCACUUUCUUUCCAAGGUACGUUAUUUCUGUCAGGACGUUUCUCAUCGCUAACCGGGCAGCCCACAAGUCACCUGUGUCCCCAGAGGCACCAAAGGCUCGGGGGCUCCAGGGAACUCGGUAGCAUUAAGUUGUUGAGUAGAGUUGAAGAUUCAAAGAGAUUUCUUAAAACCGGGGAUGUGCCCCCGCGUCCCUUCCCACUAAAAGUGUUGGUUAGAUCAGUGUGGUGUCCCUUCUCCGCAGCAGGGCUGUAGGUGGACUGGUGUGGCUGUAGGGGGUGAGGAAGCUCAGAAAGCUGGUUCUGGGAUGGUUUGGACCUUCCUUUCUCUCCCCAAGUUGUCUCAGCCUCAGUUCUGCACAGCGUGUAGUUUUUAGUAAAAGCCUUUGGGUGUUCGCGCAUCUGAGCGUCGUGUGGCUUUAGUGCAUUUGAAGUGAAAGCCAUUUGGGGUUGUUUGCGAGCGGCUUUCUGGUUCUCGUUGUGUCCCAGGGUCCCCACCUCAUCCCGGGGCGCUGUUCUCCCACGAGGACCCUUGGUGACCAGAAGCCCAGCCAGCCUGCUGGCUCCUGGGUGAGUGAAGAUGUCUUGUAUAUGGCGCGUGUGUCUCGUGGGUUACGAGGCCCCAGAGAACCUGGUCCCCAUGCUGGGACUCUGUACAGGUCACUUCCCUCUCAUCUGGUUUCCCCCGGGUCCUGCCUUGAUGAGCACCAUGUAAACCUCCUUGUGUUGUGAUAAUCGGGCAUUAAAUGGCAACUCUGGACACCUUGA